AUGAUUGAUUUAGGACGGGCCGAUAUGAUGCAUGAGAAGUUCAACAUUUGUACACCAAUAGAUCCGGAAAAUACGCGCCAAGUUCAGUUUUUCUUCAGUGUCUUGAUGGCAACGGUUGAAAUGGUCAUAAUUUACACCAGAGAUGUGGCCGGUUUUGCUCAAGUAUGCCAAGAUAUAACUGGAACUGAUGCGGAAACUGCUGUGGAUGCGUUCGCGAACUCCGUCAAGCGCUCUAUCAAGAAAGCACCGAGUUCGGUUUUUUCGUCACAACAGACUCCUUUCCAACCAUUCGGAGACCGAGUGACGCUUGAAGUAUUUGGCCGUGAAGUAUUUGGCGAAUGGAUCACUGAGGAAUCGAUCCAGCGAGGCAUUGAUCGUGCGAAUAACCGAUUUGGUGGAGAUAAUCCUGGCUCUAGUUUAACUUACUUCACCAACGGCGAUGCUGAUCCGUGGAGAAUGAUAAGCAUCACCCGUAAUCUUACGCUCGACGCGCAAGCCGAUGUGAUACGCAACCAGUUGGGAGGUUCCGAUCUACCUGCAAUGUCACCGGAUGAUCCGGCAGAUCUGCUGGAGGUCAAGCAACGUUUGAAGCUAAAACUUGCUAGCUAUUUGUUUCCGUUCAGUCUGUUAGAUAGUUCGUCAGAUGACCGCUUGUGA